ACAGUGGCCAAUGAUCGGCAAUGGAUGAAUGGAAUGAGGCCGUCGAUAUUAGCAAUUAAUUAGCGGACAUUAAUUAAAUGAUGAACACAAUGAGAGGGGCUAAGGAGUUAUAAGAUUUAGGCAGAAGACUAGGUGGAUUUAUAACAGACGAGCAGCAGCCGGGGCAGCGCGGGUUGCACAUCUCUAGGAGGAGAGUGAGAGGGAGGGAAAAGAUAGCGGAGGGAGGAGAGAUACACGAGCAUCACAGCCCGAGGGGAGGAGACACACAGAGACACUGCAGUGACAUAGCACAGGGAGACUCCCAGACACUGCAGUGGAACCAAAGGAGCUGACGCUCUACUCAGCAAGAUGCUUCAUGUCUUUAACCCUCUGCGAAAGUCUGGCAGUGAAACUUGUCUUUCUCCCGAUAAUCCUCAACAUUGGAAGCGUGUGGCUAUUCGAAGACCUCAGCCAUCUACAGAUUCUACCACCUCAUCCUUUCCUGUCCCAGCCCUCCCAGUCCCAGAGGUGCGGGUGGAGCGUUCUUUUAGUGCCGGUCACUUGGCAUGUGACAGUGAUGAGGAAGAAGCUAAAGAAGCAGAAACUUUAAGAGUCCCCUUAUCCAUAUGGAGAACACGGAGCGAGUCACACCUGGACUCUGGUGGAGGGCAAGAGGCACUAGGGCAGAAUGAAAAGUCUGGCAGUGGAUGGAGUCUGCCAUCCCCUAAAACACUGAGAAAGAAGAGAAGAGCAGCAAAGGUGAAUGCAGCAAAGCAUCAUCUUCUGUCCUUCUUCACUGGAACCGUUAAGCCCCUGCCCUCUAGAGGGGAGACUGACAUUGUCUCACUGUGUGAGACAGAAAAGGGACACCGACACAAAAAGAAAGAACAGAAGCACAAGAAAAGUCACCUGUCCCUGUUUCGACUCUGGACUUCUCAUUCGUCGAAUAUAGGGCGCCCAAGCAUAGAUGAUGUUCAGAGUUGGGGAAAGUCUCUUGAAAUUUUGCUGUCUCAUACAUAUGGACGGGCCCUUUUUCGUGUCUUCUUGCAAUCUGAGUUUAGUGAUGAGAACCUAGAUUUCUGGCUAGCCUGUGAAGAAUAUAAAGACACUCAUCCCAACUUUAUCCUACACAGCCGGGCACGAAAGAUUUACCAGCUCUAUAUUGCACUACAGUCCCCCAAAGAGGUGAAUCUGGAUGCCGGUACCAGGGAGUUGACUGAACACAACCUUCUUCUCCCAACGCGAACAACUUUUGAUGAGGCUCAGCACAGAAUCUAUGGCUUAAUGGAACGUGACUCCUACCCACGCUUCUUGCGAUCUGAUCUUUACCAGAGCUUGCUUCAUGCCCCCAAUGGGGCCUGUUAAAAUGGAAGACAAAGAGCAUGAACUGGCAUAGGAAAGAACACAGCUUGGUCCAAAUGUCUACCAGAACAGACUUUUUUUUUUCUUAUGUGAGCUGUGCUCAUAUGAAAAAAAAUCAAAACUGAAGCCAUUUUGAACAAAAAUGGGAUGCCCUUGUCUAAUGUGUUAGCAGUGUGCAAUUCAUCAUGCAAAUGCUUCUAUGCAGUAAAAAGGGUUGGGAUUUUGAACACCAAUCCAUUUCCCUUAGGCUCUUGCAUUUGUAUACAAGUAAAUUAUACCAGCUUUUUGGCUGAAACUUGCAGAUGCUGGGAGUUAUUUUGUUAUAAAGUAGAAUUGGUCAUUGUCAUUUGUUAUUCAUUAUCUGUGUAAAAGAGUAAGCCACUUUGAACACUCAUGGCUUUUUAUUUUCCAAAAUGUUAACAACCAAACCCCAAGGUGAGAUCAUAUAUCUUUUUUACUUGAAUAAUAACUUAUGACUAAUUUCAGGUUGGUGAAACACCUUUAAUAAAAAAAAAACAACUUCUAUCUCCAAGACAAAUAUGCCCAAACGUCUAAGCUAAGGUUCUUUAUCUUAAGCAAUAUGUAGUGUCUCCUGUCAUUAACUAAUUUGCUCUGUCUGAUAGUCUAUGACUCUCCUUUACAAAAUGACCAACCAAAGAUGCCAAAAGUUUGACAUUUUCUUUCUCAACAUAGAGGAACUAAUCUAGAGAAAUCAUAAACCUGCCGCCUGGCACAACUGUGUUACAGAACACAAAUGUACAAGCAUGUACAUACUAGAUGUAUCCUGUUACAGCUAUCAGUUACUACUACUACUACUACUACUACUAC